AUGGUUCAUAUACUUCCAACUCUUGUCACAAAAGGUCUCGUGGGUGGUGUCUCUGCGCUCCACAUUUACAUUUUGAUUUUAGAAAUGUUUUUAUGGAAUACACCUCGGGGAAGAAGAGCUUUCAACUUGAAGGAUGAAGAAUUUGCAAGAAAAUCUCAACCAUUGGCAGCGAACCAAGGACUCUACAAUGGUUUCUUGGCUGCUGGGUUGGCAUGGUCGCUGAUUCAUCCCAACACUGUAUUCGGACAGCAAUUGGCCUUCUUCUUUUUAGGGUGCGUCGGAGUGGCUGGUGUGUUUGGAGCUUUGACAGCUUCAAAGAAAAUUUUCUUUAUUCAAACAGUACCUGCUCUCAUUGCUUUGGUGUGUACUUACUUGUCUUGGUAA